AGCGCGUAUCAACACAACUUACACGUAACGCAUACCACACCAGCACAUGUUUUGAUCUACUGCCAUACGUACCGUACAGUCUCACACAGCCCAACGCCGUGUUCCCACGGCUGCUCGCUGGACGAUGGACAACUCCACAACGGGCUCACCAUGCUCCCUGCACUACGAGUACUACAACUGUACCGGGCCCAGUCUGUCCGAGGAGGACCGCGCCCUUACGCUGGCCAUCAUCAUCUUCUUCAUCAUAGCCACAAUCCUCGGCAACCUCCUCAUCAUCGUAGCCAUCGCCUUCUUCAGGCAGCUGCAGACGCACGCGAACACCCUGGCGCUGUCGCUCGCUGUGUCCGACCUCCUCAUCGGCUUGCUAAUCAUGCCCUUCAGCAUGAUGCACGCCGUCUACGAGUGCUGGUUCUACGCCUCCUUCUUCUGCCACCUGCACUACUUCCUCGACUACACGCUCACCACCUCCUCCAUCAUUCACCUGGGCUGCAUCGCCUACGACCGCUACGUGGCCAUCUGCGACCCGCUCCGCUACCCGACGCGGGUCACGGACCGCACCGUCGCCGUGAUGCUGGCGCUCUGCUGGAUCGGCGCGGCGAUCUUCACCACCCCGACGUUGCUCAGCCUGAGCCCCACGCUGUCUCGGGGCACGAUCGAGCGAGGGGGUUGUCCGGACAGCUGCAUGUUCACCGUAGACCUGGGGCUGCAUUUCGCCUACGGCAUGUGCCCCUAUUUCCUCUCAAUGUUCAUCAUCCUCUUGAUCUACUCCAAGAUAUACCGCGUGGCCAGGAGGCAAGCACGGAGGGUCACAGCUGGCGUGCCCAUACAUGCGCAGAGGGUUGAGGUGGCCAACGGUGCUAGUUCUGGUGGUGGCCGUGAUGGUGACGAAGCGGCGAAGCGCUGGAAAUCAACGAUGAAACGAGAGCACAACGCAGCCAAGACCCUGGGCAGCAUCAUCGGGUGCUUCAUGCUGUCGUGGCUACCAUACUACAUCCUGGUGAUCGUGUUUCCCUUCUACAAGAACACGUCCACCGCCUAUGAGGUCGUGUGCUGGAUCGGCUACAUCAGCUCUACCGUCAACCCGAUCCUCUACGCGUCCAUCAAUCGGCCGUUCCGAACGGCGUUCGGUCGGAUCUUGCGCCUGGACUUCUUCUCUGCAGAGGCCAGGCACCUGGAGCUGUCCAAGCACUAGGCUGCCAGGAGAUUCACGGUCACCGGCGCCCAGUGUGAAAGUUCAUAAUUUGUUUAGUGUGCACGCAAAUAUGUUAUAAGCACGUGGCACGAACAUGGGAAGGGGCACACGAACAUGGGAAGGGGCAGUGGAGUGCGUACCGAGAAAAGGCUGCAGAUAGGAAGGGAAUGGAAUGGGGGAGGGGGUGUGGGGGAGCAAUAUUCCCGGACUGAACUCCUUGAGAAGGACAACGUUUGUAUGGAGGAACGGAGAAGGAGCUCUGGGUAGAAAGGGGAAGAGGACAUCUGUGAAAAGAAGCUUCAUAGAUCAUCGGAUUCCUCCAGUAUAAAUACAUUUUCUGAUUCUUAUUCUGAGGAGGGCAGAAAAGGAAUUACCGGACCAAGAUGUUGGGGACAAUGAGAGGGUGACGAUGAUGAUGCGAGGAGACGGAAUUUAGAAGGAAGGAGCGAGCAACAGUGAGUUGCACGGAGGAGGAGCAACGUCUAUUUUCACAGGGGGCGUGGCCAUAAGGAGUCACGUGGUUAACAGGAGGCUUGAGCUGAUUGAGGUAUAGAGAAACGAUGACGUGCUGAUGUUGCUCUGUGUCUCUCUAUGCGUCUAACCUCGUUGUCUCUCUCUUGACGUGCUGUCCGUCACACACGACGCCUCACUCUGCUCAGACGCCUCUCGCGGAAGUUUAACGCGAUUUAACAACACACAGCGUUGCGCAGCAGCACUGCAUGUACAACAUCUCUCAGUCUUAUCCAGACAACCAGCUCAAAAGAACUGAAUGUGCGGCCGUUUGUGCCGUUAAGAGCACCGAUACGUAGUUCCAAUGUGUCACGUGUGAAAUGCAACCUAACGUGGCUCCACGUUCUUGGUAAAAAUGUUCUUAGCGGGACAAUAAUGGUGAGUUAUGUGGUGACAACUACAAACGAGUCCGCCACACACACACACUUCUCUGUAGAUAAGCGUAUCACGUCCCUCUAGCAAAAGCAAUGUUUAUCAGAAUUGACUGUCUU